AUGUUGGCGAUCGUUGGGAUUGUUAUCCUUUACAUGCUGUGGCAUGUGAUUACCUUCACCUGUCAGAUGCAACUCAGCAAGCAAGAGUCUCUAUUCUUCCAGUGCUUCUACUGGAGUUUGACUCUGCCCGCAACUGCUCGUCUCAUAUACGGGCUCAGCGGCUGCGCAAGAUACUACGUCUACGUUUAUCGCCCUCGCUGGCUGCCGCGAGAGACACCGCUCCGAGAGCAGGCAUUUCAGGCCUGCGCCAUAGCGUUGGCCGUGACGAUGAAGCUUUUGGCUGUUGUUUUUGUAGGAUUCCUGGUUAAGAUAUUGGUGUAUGACAACUUGAUGAAGCUAGCGGUCACGAUCUUCCGUGUCAAGGACGAAUACAGUCAUGUCUUUGGAUAG